GCGCCUUCCUACCAGUGCCAGUGGUGGGCUUGACAUGCAACUCCUCAUCCAUCAGCGGCCGCAGCGGUUAGACAAUGUUGUGGUGGUCAUGGGAGCUACCGGCACCGGCAAAUCAAGACUCUCCAUCGACCUCGCCACCCGUUUCCCUGCUGAAAUUGUGAACUCCGACAAAAUGCAAGUAUACAGAGGGCUUGACAUUGUCACCAAUAAAAUCACUGAUGACGAGCGUCGCGGGGUCCCGCACCACCUGCUAGGAGUGAUCGAUCCUAAUGCGGAUUUUACUGCUACAAGUUUCUGCAGCAAGGCUUCGGCCGUCACCAAAUCUAUAGUCGGCCGGGGCAAGCUUCCAAUCAUCGUGGGGGGCUCCAAUUCUUUUGUGGAGACCCUGAUCGAAGGUGGUGAGGGCCGGUCGAGAUACAAUUGUUGCUUUCUCUGGGUGGACGUGUCAUUGCCCGUGCUACAUUCCUUCGUAUCCGAGCGAGUGGAUCGGAUGGUUGAGAAAGGAAUGGUGGAUGAGAUAAGGGAAAUUUUCAACCCGGAUAGUUGCGAUUACUCGAGAGGCAUUAAAAGAUCAAUUGGGGUGGCUGAAUUCGAUCGGUACUUUCGAGCUAAACCAUUUUGCGAGGCCAGGCUGCGAGAGGAAGCCAUAAAUCAGACCAAGGCUAACACGUGCAAACUGGCCUGUCGCCAACUGGAUAAAAUCAUUCGACUGAGAAAUGUGAAGGGAUGGAAAAUCCACCGGCUAGAUGCUACCGCAGCGUUCAGAAAACGUGGCGAAGAAGCGGAUAAAGAGUGGGAGAAUCUUGUGGUGGGUCCCAGCACGAAAAUCGUCUCUAGAUUCCUGUACAACCAUGCCACCGUCACAAGUGCGCAGGUGAGGUUGGGGGUGGGGAAGGCGGUGCCGGUGGCAGCUGCUGCAACUCACCAGAGAACGAGUUGCACUGUUAUUAACUUAUAAUCAUGCGGUGCCGGUGGCAACUAUGCUACAUGAUGCAGCAAAGUUUUGGCGAUGUUGAUGUCUGCUGAAUUAAGUAGUAGCCGCAGUAGUAGUAGUAGCCAUUUUCGUCUAGUGACCACAC